AUGGAAGCACCAUCCACGAUGUCUCAAAGCCCCAUGUUUCAAGCGGCCAACCAACUUUGGGAGAAGCAGGACGGCCGUUACGUGUGCCUCGAACGGCACCCCAUGGUCCUUUCCGCAAUCACAUGCGGCAAGUGCUUCGCAUCGAAGCAAGCCUUGGAAGCCCAUCGGCAGAGAACCGGAUGCAAACCGGCAAAGCUACCAAGCGAACGACCGUUCUCGAGAUUGCACGGCUUGAAUCCGGAUGCGGCUCGUCACGUAUUGCAGCAAAGCAACCACGAGGCCGUUUCAAAGUACCGCAGGACGGCUGCAGGAGAACGGGCCGUGUUCCGUGCGAGGCAUCUGCCAAAGUAUCGAGAGAUGGCCUUGUAUGCCGUACCCAAGCCGCCUAUGCCCGCGGCGCCACAGUAUCUGCCGCCACCCAUCUCCUGGUUGCUCGCAGAUGCUUCGCUUACCGCCGAAGACAUGAGAGCAAAGUUUGGGAGAGGAGAGAUCAAGCUCAGCCACGCAACAUGGUCUCUCAAGUUUCACCCCGACAAAGUCGAGGCCUUGGCCCCCUCAGUGAUCGAGCCCCGAGGGCCUAGAGGGAUCAAGGAGGAGAUCGAAUACUUGGCUAGUCUUGGCUACUACGGCAUUCCAGCCAACGUAUCCUUGAAGUCGAAUGGCAAGAAGGGUGUCCGUCUUCCCGUUUGGGAACACAUAAAGACUCCGGAAAUUUGGAAGGAGAGCAUUUGUGGCAUACUGAAGCGAUUCGCGAAUCCGAACGGAAUUGCAAUUCUAACAGGGCCAAGCGGGUUGUAUGUGGUCGACGUAGACGUUGGCGGAAGUGACAAGAAAACGCCCGGCACGUGCCUCUGGAACAAAUUGGUUGCCAAAAACGGCAAGCUCGAUACAUUGCAAUCAAUUACCGGAAGCGGAGGCAGACAUGUGUACUUUCGAAUGGAUCAAACGGUCGGCUUAAAGAUGCUGAACAACUUUGAAGGAUUGACGGUUGACGGUGUAAGCUAUGCGGUUGACGGAAGAGGCAUUGGAGGCGUGAUUUUUGCGCCACCAACGGCAUAUAGUGCAAACAUCAAGCUUCUGCAAUACCGUUGGGUUUCUGAGCCCGUGCAAUUCGAGAAGGGCGAUGUAAAAGGGAUGGCCGGAUGGCUCGUGAAUGUCAUCAAUAACGGACGAGCCGGACAAGUUAAGCCGCGAUUGGCAGAUGUUUUGCACACCACCAUUGAGAGCGAUGCACAAGUCGAAGAUUUGGAGCCGACCGACAACGAGCGCGUAUCAAGUACCAAUGAAGCAGUGGACUUCUCACCGGAUUCGAUCGCCGUCGUUGAGGUGAAAGAAAUGCUGCGCAAACAAUCCCCAGAUGACGCAACGGCAAUAUACGGAGGGUCGACGACGCUCUCAAACGGCAACCGCUCCUUUCAAUUUCGCGUGAAGAAGGCGCGAAAUUGCUAUCUGGGGAGCAAUCACAACGGCUCCAACAACUUUACGGGGAUACAAGGAUGCGCCGGGGACUUUCAAGAGCUCUACUAUCGGUGUUUUGGAACCUCGUGUGCUGGUCAAAAUACCAAGCUUCUUGGGCGAUUGAGCAUUGCCGCAGCUCUCGAGCAAGUGGGGGUGAGAGAGUUUGGAAUAAGAGAUGGCGUGGUGAGUUGUCCGAGCACGCUGAGCGCUCGGCUUCCACAUCCAUUUUUGAAGGCGAUGGUAGGUAAGAGCGAUUGGGGUGCCGCCUCAAUCUUUGCCAAGCUGUUUGAGCACGACAGACGGAUCGUUUAUGAUGCGGGUAUUUUCUGGACUUGGAACGGGACGUCAUGGGUGCAGUGCGACUUGGACGCAACGGACAUCAAAAGCGCUUUCAUGUUCCACAUGGGCAGAGUGAAAGCCUAUUGGCUGAAGCAUCUCUUGACUCUGUGCAAUGAAGAGCUUGACGUGGCAAACAUGACAAAGACGGCAGAGCUGGAGCGUCUUCAAGCGGCUCAAGAGACCGCGGAUUCACGAGAGACAAAGAGAAAGGCCAAGAAUGAAGAGAAGGCGAUCUUGAAAGCCUUUCAACAGGGCAAGGACGACGCGGAAAAGUCAGUCAAAUUGUAA